GGCAACCGCCCCGCCGCAUCCCGCGGCCGGACCCCGCCGGGGGCUGAGCCCUGCAGGGCCGGAUCCUUCUCGGGGUGCAGCGAGGGCACCGCGACCCUCUAUGGCAGGCACCGGACUCUUUCUAAGGGCCAUGCAGGAGCUGUUCCGCGCCAACACGCGGAGCCGCGAGUUCCCGGCGCACGGCGCCAAGGUGCACUCGGUGGCCUGGAGCUGCUGCGGCCGCCGCCUCGCCUCCGGCUCCUUCGACAAGACCGCCAGCGUCUUCGUGCUCGAGAAGGACCGGCUGGUGAAGGAGAACAACUACCGGGGCCACGGGGACAGCGUGGAUCAGCUCUGCUGGCACCCCAGCAACCCUGACCUGUUUGUCACAGCGUCAGGGGACAAAACCAUCCGCAUCUGGGACGUCCGCACCACCAAGUGCAUCGCCACCGUCAACACCAAAGGUGAGAACAUCAACAUCUGCUGGAGCCCUGAUGGACAGACCAUUGCCGUGGGGAACAAGGAUGAUGUGGUCACCUUCAUUGAUGCCAAGACACAUCGCUCCAAAGCUGAGGAACAGUUCAAGUUUGAGGUGAACGAGAUCUCCUGGAACAACGAUAACAACAUGUUCUUCCUCACCAAUGGGAAUGGCUGCAUCAACAUCCUCAGCUACCCAGAGCUGAAACCCAUCCAGUCCAUCAACGCCCAUCCUUCCAACUGCAUCUGCAUCAAGUUCGAUCCCAUGGGGAAGUACUUUGCCACAGGCAGUGCUGAUGCAUUGGUCAGCCUCUGGGAUGUGGAUGAGCUGGUGUGUGUGAGGUGCUUCUCCAGGCUCGACUGGCCCGUGCGGACGUUGAGCUUCAGCCACGACGGGAAGAUGCUGGCCUCAGCAUCAGAAGAUCACUUCAUUGACAUUGCUGAGGUGGAGACAGGAGAGAAGCUCUGGGAGGUGCAGUGUGAGUCCCCCACCUUCACAGUGGCCUGGCACCCGAAGAGGCCACUGCUGGCCUUCGCCUGUGACGACAAAGAUGGCAAAUACGACAGCAGCCGGGAGGCCGGCACUGUCAAGCUUUUUGGGCUCCCCAACGACUCCUGAUGGACCUGCUGCACCCCGGGAGGUGACACCUGCCUGCCCUCGAGGGUGGGAGCUUAGAUAGCAUAGGUGGGGCAAGGAGCUGGCUCAUCUCCUUGCCAGCCUGGCAGGGCUGUGACCUCGGGCUCAGCUCGGUGUGUCUUGUUCUUGGGAGCUUUUAUAAACAGGCAGCUGUGUGCUGGGGAGAAUGGGGGGAUUCUGGCAGGAUCCCCUUCUGCCACCUACUCUCUGGGGCGUGGGGGGCUUGUUCCAAAGGCAAGUGGCCAAAGUAAAUCAGUCACUGAAGGUGGCUGCUGAGGAGCCUCCCAUGGGAGGUGCUCUGCUUUGACCAGGCUCCCCAGCAGUGAUGAGAUACGUGACUGUCCCCUUGUCCCCAAAAGCCUGGUGGCAAGGGCAGCUCUGGGGACACAACCUGCCUCUCCCCGUCCCAGACAUCCCAUGUCCCUUCCCUGUGCUGAGGCAAUGAGGGGAGGAUGGGGGGUUUGAACAUGUAGAUGUUUUCCCAGCUGGGACUUUUUCAAAAUAUUUGUGGCGUCUUUUUCUAAUUUUGAUAAAUCUUCUUCUUUAA